CGUAAGCAUAAAAAAAAAAAAAAAGUAAGCAUUGGUUGGCGUCUAUGCAUAUUUUCAUAGAUAGAUUCCAUCAAUCCAAUAUAAAUUAAACCAUUUUAUAUUUAACAUUUUUGAAAUAAAAGCAUUUUAUAAAAGUGAAAUUUUACAAAGUUGUACCUUUAACAUAUGAUACGACUUCAGGUUGUAAAUAUAUUCUUAUGUACAAAUUCUUUUAUGGUAUAACCUGGAUUUGUAACUUUAUGUUAUGGUACAAUAUGAAGUUGUAUCAUAACAUAAAUGUACAAAUUCCCUUAUAAUACAAUUUGAACUUGUAUCUUUAACAUUAUGAUACAAUUUGAAGUUGUGAUUUAAAGGAUGAACUAGCCAUGCCCGCUCGCUGCGCUUCGCGUAAAGCGAGUAAUGUGGAAUGUUACAUGUGAUUGUAAGAGAGAAUAAACUAAUCUGUAAAGAAUACAAACUAAAAAAAUUGCAGACCUAGCUCUCAUUUGAUGAAUAGGAACAUCUAAGUAGCCAAAUAAGAAUCGAAAAAACACAUUUUGGAAUAAGGUGAAACAAAAAAUAAAAAAAUGGACUCGUUGGCCAAUACAUAGGUACCGAUUGGGGAACAACAAACACAUUUGGAAAAUCGGCCACAACCUCAGUGGCCGAAUUGAUUGAUCAUCAGACACGAAGUUGGCGAACUGAUUUACUCUAUACACAUUUUAACUUUGUGGAUUGAAUUCGAAUUUAGAAAAUCCCUAUCCCAAGGCAGCCAACGGAGGAUAAGAGAAUAUGGAGUAAGGAUCAGAGGGGAGAAUAUUCACUAAAGUCAGCAUACAGACUGUGGGAGGACAGAAAUGUCGAGAAGGAGGGGGAAUUCUAUUCACUAGUGAAGUGGAAGAGAUUCUAGAACCUAGAAAUCCCCCCAAAGGUGAAAAUCUUUGGUUGGAGUGGAGGUGACUACAGAACAUUAUCCCUACAGGAGCUAGGAUCGUGGAACAAACUUUAAUUUGAAAACAUUUGCUCUCCCGCCCUUCUCUCUUCAAGGAAGUUCCUUUCCCCAUUUGUACAGGGCUGCCGCCGGCUCCCUCUGGUGACCGGUGAUGGCCCAACCCCUUCUCUUUUCUCGGAUGCUUCUGACUUUGUUUGAUUACAUGUUUCUGCAUCUUCCUCUGUGUGGAUCUCUCUUCCAACCCCUUUGUGGGUUCCCUUCCUCCCCUUGGUGGGUUGAACUUUUGCCCUCUGUUCUAAUCUAUUAGAACUGGAGAUGGUUCAAUCUAUGUAGCAAUGGAGGCUGGAUUGGUUUGAAUCCAGCUUGCCUCUUCAUCUUCUUUUCGUUUGUCUACCUCCUUGCUUCACCUUGCAGAUCUCGGUGUUUCGGAGAUGAUGGGUCCAUGGCUUGGACUCGGAGUGAAGGUUUUGGAGGCAGAAGUUCAUUCCCCAUGGCUCCCCAACCGGCCGCCCUUUCGAUCUGAGGUUUUCUUGACUUUUCUGGUUUUGAGGGUUGAAGGUGUUUGGUCUGGUGAAGGCGGUUCAGAGGCGCCCUCCUUUCGGGUUGGUUGGUUCCACCUCUUCCCCUUUUGGCAUGUUGGUUCGUCGUCCCUCGACUUGGGUUGGCGGCAGGUGGUGGUGCUCGAAGUCUCCAGCGGCGGCGAGGGUUCCACGGGGAGCUUUGUUCAGCUAGGUCAGAGAAGUUGUGCCUUGUUGGGCUCUUUGACUGGGUUGUUGGUCUCUGUUUGGUCUUUGGGUCUUUUCUCUAACUUUGCUGCACAAUGUAAACUUUUCCUUUGGGCUUGGCCCGGUUGCUAUAUAAUGAACUGAUUUGUAAAAAAAAAAAUAUUAGGAUCGUGGAACGAACACAAAAGCGCUCUGAGGGUUGCCCUUUUUGUGACCUAAAGGAGACACAAGACCACAUCUUCCGUGAUUGUGGAUGGGUGCUAAGGGUUUGGCGGUUCAACUCAAUGGAUUCAUAUAUAGAAAGAGGGGAAAAUCUUACCUCAGAGGAUUGGUAUUGCGAGCUGCAAGAAACAGAAUGUGAUGAAAAGCUUGGAUCCUUCUUGGCGGCCUUCUGGUAUAUCUAGUAUCAGCGAAACUGCCAGUUGUGGAACAAAAAGAAAUUAGAAGAAUGGAAGGUUGCACCCAAAACAAAUGGUUGGCUGAAGGAUUACCUUGACAAACAAAUGAAACUCCAACCGGUUGAACGGACUCAAGAGUCCCGAUGGCAGUCACCGACACUGACUCCGGUGAAGAUUAAUGUUGAUGCCGCAUGCAUUUCGGAGAGUGAUCAGAAACAGAGAAGGACGAUGCCUAAUUGCGACAGUAAAGAGAUCGAGAGUUCAAUGGAACCCAAAAGAAGCGGAAGCUUUGGCUAUCGAUUUCGGAAUGGAGCUGGCCAGGAGAUUCGAGAUUCGCGAAAUGGAGAUAGAGUCAGAUAGCCAGGGAAUGAUCUCCCAGCCUCGACGCGAGGAAGAAAGACAGAUCGAGAUUGGGCUGCUCUGUGAGGAGAUUCGGGCAAAAGCCCAAGCUUUUGAUAGGGUAAUUUAAAGCUUUGCAUGUCGAAAUAAGAACAAACUGGCCCACUUUUUGGCCCAUGUGAACUGCAACUGGAAUGCAAAGGAGGUGUGGGUAGACAGACCACCUUUUUUUCUAGAACCUCUUCUUAAAGAGGAUUAUCCUGAAAACUUUUAUGACUUUGAGUAAUUAAUGGAAUGCAAUUUUAUCUAAAAACACACAUUUUGAAAAUCACUAAUGUGGUUCUCUUGUUCUUCAAUGAGUACUAGUUUUUUGGCCCGCGCUUCGCGGCGAUAAAAAAUUAUUUAUAUUUAAAAUUUUAUCAACUCAUUUAAUGAUUUAAGUAAUUGGUAUAUGAGAAUAAUUAUUCCUUCAUAAUGUUUAUGUGCUGUAUUUUUAAUUUGUGUAAUUAUUAUAAAACAAUGUUAUAUAAAUCUGUUGUAAUGUGUGGUCUAAUAAUAAAAUAAAAUGAACUUACGAUUCCCACUUUUGGUGAAAUCAUUAUGCAAAAUCAACUUAUUUUAAUGAACCUUUGCAUAAUACAAAUUGAAGAGAUAGCUAAUAUUGUGGGUAAUAUUGAAGAAAUUUAUUUAGUGAAUUAGUAUGAAAAGUAUCACAUUUGAUUAAAAUGUUAUAUAAAACUAACUGACCAUACAAAACCAUUGUGUAGUACAAAUUGAUGAGAUAGUCAAUAGUUUAGUUAAAAUUUAAAAAUCUCAUUCAAACUUAUGUUAUGAACUAUUUGCUUAUUACAUUUUUACUUGAUACUUAAGAAAUUACGAUUCCUCCAUAUGCUUUACAUAUUUUUUUUAUUACUUUGAAAGUCUUAUGUAAUAUGUUAUACUUAAUUGAUAAAUAAGGAAUAAAUAUUCCU